AAUGUCAACUGUCAAGUGUGAAACUGAAAUGUCAUAAUAGAAGUAACGAAAUCUUUUACCCGUAUUAUUAUACUACUCUUUGAAAUCUGUAUUUUGUUUGAGUUCUAUUGUAAAUCCAAGAUUUAUUUUCUUACACUGAGCAAAAUUUUCAAAAAAUAUUAUAAAAUGACUUCAUUUAAAUUUAAUUUCAAUGGAGUAUCAGAAAUUGUUCAACAGAAAAACACAGAUAAUGUACAUAUUGAAUGGCUCAAAAGUGAAAAAAUAGAAGUCACAGAUCAAACCGAAAACUUGGAGACCAUUGCAAAAUAUGCAAAGAUGUUUAUGUGUGGAAGUGUUGAAAUUGGCCAUAUCUUAACCAAUCAAUUGCAGAUAGUGUUAAAGAAUGACACAGAUAAUGUUGUGGAACUUGCUGAAAAAGAACACAGUGAUCUGAUAGAGGGCAAGUAUGAAGGGGGAUUAAAAAUAUGGGAAUGUACUUAUGAUCUAAUUGAAUAUUUAGAAGAGAACAAUAUAUGUUUAGAAAAUAGAAAUGUAAUAGAUUUAGGUUGCGGAAGUGGUAUUUUAGGAAUAUAUGCUUUUCAAAAACAUGCCUUAGUGACAUUUCAAGACUAUAACAAGGAAAUAAUAGAACACGUCACCAUUCCCAAUGUGUUAUUGAACAUAGAAGAUGAAGAAAAUAGGAAGAGUGAAAUUCAGAAAUGUCAAUUCUAUUCCGGAGACUGGCAAUCAUUUAACAUUAUAUUAGCAGAGAAUGAAAAAUAUGACAUAAUUCUUACAUCAGAAACUAUUUACAAUCUUAGUAAUUAUAAUAAGCUGGUAGAAUUGUUUGACCAAAGACUGACAAAUAAUGGUACUGUCUAUGUAGCUGCAAAAACAUACUAUUUUGGUGUUGGAGGAGGUAUGAGACAGUUUGAACAAGCUAUAACGAACAGUGGGAAAUUUAAAUUUGAAAUUGUGUGGAACACAACAUCUGGAAUUCAGAGGGAAAUCAUGAAGAUAAAUAGAUUAUAAUAGAUGUAUUGAAAUACUU